UCUUGAGGAAAGAUCUUACAGGAAGAUGUAAAUAUAUGUUUACAGUGGGCUACGAAAGUGUCUUAAAACCCAUAAACAUGCAUGUUCUCUCAGUUACAAAGAAUUAAUCUUAACCCAGAAGGAUGAAAAUGGGGAUGGUUGAAAUUUGAAAUACUGUAAAUGGGAAAGGCUUAAAAAUCCAGUUAACAGGCUGUUUAUUUCGAGAGAAUCCUUGAAGCUAGGUUGGAAUCUCCACCUGAUCAUGAUAUCAUCUAUGUAAAUCUGCAACCUUUUACGCACAAUGGAUAAAUUAUUUCCUCAAAAAGUGUAAUCGAGGAUGUAGUCAAUUGCCGCGCAGAUUGCUAUGCUCCUCGAGCCAUUUUAGCAGUUUGAGAGAUGGUAGAUAAAUUAGAGAUCCACAUUUCUUGUGCUAAGCUGAAUUAGGCUGAAUUACAAUUCUGAGCUUUUCCCCAAUUUGAACAGCCUAAGGAUUUAGGAAUUUAAACUCAAUCCUGAAAUGGGUUUCUUAUGACUCUUCUGCUCACAUAAAUCACAGAGUUGGAUUUGUCAUGAGAGUGGCUGCUUGACAGGUUUGAGCUUCCCACUACAGUUCUGAGUUUUGGUCCAUUUCAAUCCUUGAUCCUCUGUAAUCAGGCUGUUCUGUAAUCUUUAUUGGGUGAAAGAGUAGUUAAGCAUUAUCUAUUCCUGCAGCUUGGGGUUCUGACAAUUUGAUUAUAAUCAUGGGUGUAACUGGUAAAGGGAAAUCAUCUGAAGAGGUUCCUAGUAGAUGUUUUCGCUAUAAUUCCCCUGUUGUUCAGGUUAUCCUUAUUGGAUUUAUCUGCUUCUGCUGCCCUGGCAUGUUCAAUGCUCUCACAGGCAUGGGAGGUGGAGGACAGGUGGACCCAGAUGCAGCCAACAAUGCCAACACUGCUCUUUACACAACAUUUGCAGUGUUUGGCAUAUUGGGUGGGGGGAUUUACAACCUUCUAGGGCCUCAUCUGACCCUUUUUGCAGGAUGCUCCACCUAUGUGCUCUAUGCUGGAUCAUUUCUCUAUUACAACCAUUAUCAGAAUGAAUUGUUUGCUAUAAUUGCAGGGGCACUUUUGGGUGUUGGGGCAGGACUGCUUUGGGCAGGCCAAGGUGCCAUCAUGACCUCAUACCCUAGUGAAGACAAGAAGGGCAGAUACAUAUCCUUGUUUUGGAGCAUUUUCAAUGUUGGAGGUGUGCUUGGAGGUUUCAUCCCCUUUCUAUCAAACUUUCAAAAGAAAGCAGGGAAUGUGAAUGAUUCAACAUACAUUGGAUUCAUGUGCUUCAUGUCUUUUGGUACUUUUCUAACAUUAGCCCUGCUUCCAGCUCAUAAAGUGGUCAGGAAUGAUGGAACUAGGGCAGGCACAUUGAAGUAUUCCAAUCCCAGAACUGAGUCACUGGAGAUUCUCAAGCUGUUUAUGAAUUGGAAGAUGCUGCUGCUAGUUCCUGCUUCUUGGGCUAGUAAUUUCUUUUACACCUACCAAUUCAACAAUGUUAAUGGUAAGCUUUUCACAAUAAGAACAAAGGGUUUGAACAAUGUGUUCUAUUGGGGUGCUCAGAUGUUGGGUUCUAUAGGAAUAGGGUGCAUUCUUGACUAUAGUUCUCAGAGCAAGAAGAAGAGAGGAUAUACAGGUGUGGGCAUAGUAGCAUUGCUUGGGACAGCCAUAUGGGGUGGUGGGCUUGUCAAUGAGCUGAAAUACAAUGGGAAGAACCCUAAUCUGGAUUUCAUGGACUCUGGGGUCUCUUAUGCAGGUCCAUUUGUCCUGUAUUUCUCCUAUGGACUUCUGGAUGCCACCUUCCAAACUUUGGUCUAUUGGAUGAUUGGAGCUCUUGCUGAUGACUCCCAAACCCUAAGUAGGUACAGCGGAUUCUACAAAGGUGUGCAGAGUGCAGGAGCAGCUGUUGCUUGGCAGCUUGAUUCACGCAGUACUUCUCCACUAACAGAACUUAAAAUCAACUGGUGCCUUACCUCCAUUAGCUAUCCCCUGCUACUUAUUCUUGUUGCCUUUGCUGUGCAUGAUAGGAGGACUGUUGCAAUUGAUUUUGAAGCAGGCAUGGGUAAGGGAAAUGGAGCACCAAAGAACAACAUGCAAAUGUAGUUGCAGGGAAAUUCUCUGUAUAGACCAGUCUAAUUAAUGAAUACUAUGCAUUCAACACAAUCUACUAAAUGAUGAAAUAAUUCUAAUGCAAGCUUUGGUUUGGAGUGAUCAGGGUCUACUCAGGGUUUUUCUUUUCAUAUAUUACUCCUACCUAGUUAAAGUUAACUAUUUCCUAAUCUGCUUUCUCAGAGGAAUGCUUCCUAAAUAUGCUUAUCAUGUUUUGCUUGCAAAAUUGUGAGAAUGGAACACAUCAGAAGCGAUUGUUCUGUUAGAUUGGACAUUUAAAAACUUAAAUAUAAAUAAGUUUUGCUUUAAGC